AUGUUGGUGACGGUAGCCAUUAUAGUUGUAUUGGUUGCUUUAGUUUGGAAGUUUACAGGGCGACCGAAAGGGUUGCCUCCAGGUCCGACAUGUUACCCUGUCAUCGGGAAUUCCGGACUUUUUAAACCAUCAGAAGCGGUGCGGGCACACAGAAAUCUAAGAAAGAAGUAUGGAGACAUUUACACCUUAAUGAUCUUCCAUCACCAAAUGAUUAUAGUUCACGGAUAUGAAAAUAUUCGAGAGUUACUAUAUACGCACGGAGACUUGUUUUCAGACCGGCCAAACACUAUAAUAAAUGGAGUUUUCAACAAACAAAAAGGUUUGAUGUGGGCAUCUGGGGUACUAUGGAAAGAGCAAGCAAAGUUUGCUGUGGCAACAAUGAAAAAAUUUGGUUUUGGAACUCAUAGUUUACAAGGUCAAAUUAUGGAGGAAGUAGAUUGUCUGAUGGGUGAACUAGAAAAAAAAGAUAAACAGCCAAUUAACAUAAAGAGCACUCUUGAUGCCUCUGUAUCGAAUGUUAUUUGUUCACUUUUGUUUGGAAGGAGAUUUGAUUACGAAGAUGCCAAAUUUAAAGAACUGGUUAUAUCUCUAGAGAAAAUGUUUGCCAGUACCAACCCAUCUUCACCAGUGUUCAUUUUUCCAACGUUACACCAUUUGCCAAUGACUAGUUUUGGACAAAUGGAGAAAAGUUUUAAGAAGAUAGACGAAUUUACUAAGGAGAUGAUUCAAGAGCACAGACGAAAAUUUGAUGAAAACAACAUAAAUGAUUUUAUAGAUAGUUUUCUAAUGGAAAAGAAGCGGAGAGGGACUGGAAGAAAUUCAACAUUCACAGAUGAACAACUCACGAUCGUUAUACGGGAAAUGUUUGGUGCAGGAACUGAAACAACAUCUAAUACAAUACUUUGGGCACUUCUUGCCUUAAUUCAUUAUCCAAAAUGGCAGGAAACCCUCCGCGAAAAUAUUGAUACUGCCAUUGGUCAGAGUCAACCCAAGAUGGAAGACAAGGAAAAUUUGCCAAAUGUUGAGGCUUUCAUCCUUGAAGUCCAACGCUAUGCAAACGUUGCGCCAUUCGGGAUUCCGCAUGCUCCUAAGAAGGAUUUUGAAUAUAAUGGAUACCUUUUCCCAAAAGGGACAUGCGUAACGUUUGCAAUCGAUUCUGUUAUGAUGGAUCCAGCAAUUUUUCCAGAACCUCUCCUUUUCAAACCAGAACGAUUUCUGGAUGAGGAGGGGAAAUGCAAUGGGGAACAGAAAGAAAAGCUUAUUCCAUUUUCUACUGGACCAAGAUCGUGUAUAGGACAAUCCCUCGCCAAAAUGGAACUAUUUCUUUUCUUGGCCAGAUUUCUACAGUGGUUUGAGAUAAAACCAGAGAAACCAAAUUGCUUGCCACCUUUUGAGGGAAAUCUGGGCCUAACCAACAUGCCGAGAUCGUUCCAACUAAUUUUAGAGAAACGGUAAAAUUCUUGGGAAACUGUUACACGAACUGAAUUGCAAAGGUGAAUUGAAACAAUAUAUAGGACUUGUAAUAGAUAUUGACAACAUAGUGGUUUUUGAUAUAAAAAAAACAUCCUUCUAGAAAAUUAAACGUUCAGAGGAAAUUGAUUUUGAUAUUAUUAAGAUAAAAGUGCAUAUUUUAAAAAAUGAAAUGCAGUUAAUAACACCAAUUGAAAACAAGCGUAAAGAAUUGAAAUGAACAAUUGUAAAUUUAUCCAUUUAUGCUUAAUAUAUUUUCUCAAUUACUUUGUUUAAUAAAUACAUUUAUCUAAGAUAAAAUAGCUUUAAAUCUGACACUUUUCUACAUUUUGAAAAAGGUUUUUAUUCCAAUACAAAUUAAACGUCACUGCAGUUGCAAAAUACACAGUCUUGUUAGAUUUCAAUGUUUAGAUUUUGUUUGAUUAAACCUUAAAUUACAUCA